CGCGGCCACGCCCUCCCGGCCCUGCCCCGCCCCGCCGACCAGGGGUCGCCGCGCUCCGGCGUCGCGGCGGGAAGAUGGCGUUGGAGGCGCCGCGGAUGGAGGGCGACGUGGAGGACGGGGAGCUCUCCGGCUCGGACUCUGAUAUGGCCGGGGCUGGCUCUCCCAGGGACCCGCAGCAGAAAUCACAUGAUGGCAAUAAUUCAGUCAGACCUUUCCAGAGCAUCAUUUCAUCCUGUGCGCCAAGUGUCCCUUAUCGGACAACCAAAAGUGUGGACUCAAGUGAUGAGAGCUUUUCUGAAUCUGAUGACGACAGCUGUCUGUGGAAGCGAAAACGGCAGAAAUGUUCCAGCCUUCCUCCUGCUAAAUCUGAGCCUUUUCAGUUUACCCAGAGCCAGCAAAAGCAAACUUUUCCAGGCGGUAAGAAGGUCAACAAUAUCUGGGGUGUGGUGCUUCAGGAGCAGAGUCAGGAUGCAGUGGCUACUGAACUUGGGAUUCUAGGGAUGGAUGGUAGUAUCGACAGAAGCAGGCAGUCUGAGACUUACAAUUAUUUAUUGGCUAAAAAGCUAAUGAAAGAAGCUCAGCAAAAGGAGGCAGAGACUUUAGAUAAAGAGUUGGAUGAAUACAUGCAUGAUGAGAAGAAAACAUUGCCAGGAGAAGAAGAAAAUGGACAUGGUUUUCUCAAACGGAAGCGGCCUGUGAAAGAUAGAUUAGGUGAAAGACAAGAAAUGAAUUAUAAAGGAAGGUAUGAGAUAACAGAAGAAGAUUCUGAGGAAAAAGUGGCAGAUGAAAUUGCUUAUCGGCUUUGUGAACCAAAGAAAGAUUUAAUUGCCCGAGUAGUGAAAAUAAUUGGAAAGAGGAAGGCCAUUGAACUGCUUAUGGAAACAGCUGAAGUGGAACAAAAUGGUGGACUGUUCAUAGUGAAUGGUACAAGAAGAAGAACACCAGGGGGAGUUUAUUUAAACCUGCUGAAGAACACACCUAGCAUCAAAGAACAACAAAUCAAGGAAAUCUUCUAUCUGGAAAACCAAAAGGAGUAUGAAAACAAAAAGGCUGCUAAGAAGAGGAGAAUACAAGUUCUAGGAAAGAAGAUGAAAAAAGCCAUUAAAGGGCUUAACCUGAAAGAAUAUGAUGAUGCUUCUCGAGAGACUUUUGCUAGCGACACAAAUGAGGCUCUGGCUUCUUUGGAUGAUUUACAGGAGGGACAUCAUGAAGCAAAGAUGGAACCAGAAGAUGUUAUUGAGAUUGAUAAUGCUCAUGAUUUGGAGAUCUUUUAGCUCUCAGUGUACUUGAUAACAAAGUCUCUGUAAAAUAUAUUAAAUCAACCUUUUAUUAUAAUUCCAUGACUUCUUGUUUUCAUAAGUUGCAGAAAUAUGGGAAAUACUUGAUGCUAAAGAAGAUGACAUAAUUCUUCACUGAGUUUAACAGCGUGAAGGAUGUUAUUUGUCCUAUUUUGUUUCCUGUGUUAAGGUUUUCUAGAUAACAGCUCUACUUCACCGCGUUUGUUCCUUAGGAACUUUUUUUUAGCCACACUAAGUUUAGGGAUUAAGGCUUCGUUCUAACCAAAUACAUCAUAUUUAAUCUGUUGAAGCUAACAAAGUCAUACAAAGUAAUAAUCAAGUGGGGACUGCUCCUAAUUACAGUUGAGCAGAAACUUAACUAUAUUAAGUUUUGACAUAAAAGAUCCUGUGUUCUUGAUGUGGCAGCAUGUUGACAAAAAGAGCAGUGUUUGUAAUAUUAAGACCUGUAAAAGCAGAUUGGUUUUCUGAAACAAACUAAAUUUUAAUAGUGAAUGACCUUUGAAUAACAAGCCUGCAAAUAAGCACUAUCGAGCAAUAUAUGUUGUAAACCACUGCUGCAGGUUUUAAUCCUUGUAACAGCUGUUUGAGCUUCCUACCUGUUCUGUCUAAGCUUUUUCCAUAAUUAACACAAACAACUUGAACAUAUCUUUUUGUUCUGAAUCAAUCAUAAUGGAACUCUUUCUGAGUAAUUAGACCGUACUAAUUUGCAUUCCCCUCAAGGAUAUCUUUGCUCAAGACCCUAUAUAUGCAGGUAUAAAUCCAUUACCUUUCAAUUCUUGUUUUCAUGCUUUUUCCUCAUGUAUGCGGUAGAAGUAGUGUAAAACUCACAGAAAUUCUAAAGUUUUUAUUAACUGUGCUGACUCUUAUGAAAACAACAGUAUGCAAGAGGGAGAUGAUUUUUACUUGAUGCGGAAGACUAUUGCUUAGUUUGUAAGUUUUGAAGAUAACUGUUUUAUGUUGCACAUUGUUUUGGGAGCAUAACAGAAGAAUAUGUGAGACACUGAUAAUAUGUAUGAUGUCUAAAAUACUUUCUCCCUAAUAAGUUGUGUUUUCUGUGAAUUAUGUGCUUUAUUUUCCAGUAUAAAAUAUUUCUGAAAUACUA